UAAUAAGGCACUUCUGACAAAUUUCAAAAACAAAAAGUGACGAUGAUUCUAUCUGAUAAAAAAUUAUUUGCAAUUGUUUUAUAUUCCGCAUUUGUAAAAAAUAAAUUUCUAAUCCCCAAUAGAGAUAUUUGGGAGAAUGCUUGGGUAAUUGGAAUUUCUGGAGCAAUAGCACUAGGAUUAGUUGGCGCAUUAAUUGCGCCGUUUAUUUUAUCGGCAAUAAUUGAAGCGUUAGGAUUUGGUGUAGAAGGUAUUGCAGCAGAAUCAUUUGCUUCUUGGUUUAUGUCAUUAUAUGAAGGUACGAUUGUACGCGGAAGUCUUGUUUCAAUUUUACAAUCGAUUGGAGCUGCCGGUUUAGGAACUCUCGGCACUACAAUAAGCAGUGGUUUUGGAGCAGCUAUUGGAACUCUUAUUGGAGCAAUUGGGGGCUCUAAACUUGCAUCAUAUUUAAGAGAAAUGGAUUUAAAUGAAACAGAAAAACAAAUGCUUGGAAGUUUUAUUAAAAUUGAAGAAAGUGUUUAUCAAAAUAAUGAUAUUAUUAUGAUAUUCACACUUAUGCCAGCCUUAUUAUACAAUGACACAAUCUUAAAAUGUUUCAGUGAAACAUUCAUAUCUUGUUCACCAUUUGCUAAUUCUAAAUUAUUUAGAUUUAAUUUCAAAGAAAAUAAAUUAAAAUCAGAAGAAGAAAGAGUGAAUAAUACAGUUUAUAAUUUGUUAAUUGAUAAUUGUAACAAAUCCAGAAUAGAAUAUAUUUUUCAUGAUGAUUACUUAGUUGGGUAUAAUUUAAAUCUUAUUGAUUAUAAACCAUCAAACCUUAUGAUAAAUUUAUUGGUGGAAGUUUGGAAUAUUAUAAACGGUAACAUCAUUAUUAAUAUUCCUGAUAUCGAUAAGAUUCGUGAUCAAAUUAAUGAUCAGAUUCACAAAAUUGAUAUUAAUAAAUUUAAUAGUAAAAUUAGUGAGCAAGUUAGUGAAAAAGCUAACGAAAUCUCUAAGUUCUUUAAUGAGAUUCAUUUUAAAUAGAUAUAUUAGCUCUUUAGAAUAACUUUUGUUUAAGAAAUACGUCGUCAGGUGACAGCUGACAUGCGUAAGAGAAUUGUAUGAUUAAAUUUAUGAAUAAAUUUUGUUUAUAUCCUUGUCCUGCAUUUUACAAGUUUCAAUUCGACCUCUUAUAUUCGGUAGAAAACUCGAUCCGAUUAUUGUUUAAUUUGGUUAGAAGCGAAUAUUUUAUUUAUCUAUCGUAAAAAAAUCAAAUUAUAAAACAUAUAUAAUCUGCGGCUUGAUUCAAUUAAUACUAUAUAAAUGAUUGACUUUACAGACAAGUAGUGGAG